AUGGCGUGCAUAGCGCCCUGGAGAACUGCCACGGACCGCUGCGCCACCGGAUUAAAGCCGCAAGGGACCUCUGCACCGUGUCUUCUCGCACGAAGCUCUCAACAGAGUCAUGACAUCGACGACGCCGCCAUCGUGCCGAUCCGCACAGGAUCGAGGCUUUCGCCCGAAGACAACCAAACUCCAACAGGGCACCGCAGCCUCCACACUCCCCUCCAGCCGGAGCAACGCUGCCCGCGGUGGACCUCGCCCACUCCAGGCGCCCACCAACGUCCAGCUCGCCCCGGCCCAGCAGGCCCAGAUCGGGCCCAGGAAGCCCAGAUCGGGCCCGCACUCCAGCCUCCGCUCUCCGCGCCGGGCGACGCAGACCGCGCCGGACUCGAGGCGGCGGACCUCUGCUCGCCGAGGCUCUCCCAGCCGAGCUUCUCCGCGCCACCACCUCCCGCACCGGCCGCGCCCAAGCCUCUCGACGGCGCCCUGCUCCCGCUCCGCCGCUAG